UGUAUCAAAUUUCAAUUUAUUAUUAUAUAAAACAAAAUAUACGGUCUAACUGGCAGUAGCAUAUAGACCGUAUACUUAAGGCCUUUAGGCAGUAGUUACAAAAUUAAAUUAUUCCUGAAAAUUAUGACGGGCGCGGCCCAGAUAAGGACAAACAUAAUUUCAGUUUAACAUGGAGGCAGGUGGGGGAAAUCAUAUUCGAUGUCACGACGAUCGUAGGCAGUAGCACAUUAUUUAUUAUCUCGUACUCGAGAUAACAUAUUAUAUUCAUAUUCUUUAAAUUAUAUUAUACAUACAAUAUGUAACACACUACUAAUAACAAAUUGAUCAUAGAUGGCAAAUGUUUUAUGCAACCGGUGACCUGUAGUAUGUAUUUUACUAUUAUAGGUACCUAUAUAAAAAAAAAUCAAAAAUUUUCCUUCCAUUAAUCGUACAUGAAAUUUUAUAAUAAUAUAAUAAUACUCAUUAAAAGUUAUUACGUUUUUGCAUUUUUACGUACAAAAUGUUGCCAAGCAUGUUUUUUUGUACAAUUGUGUGUGCAGCGAUCGCCGUCGCAAAUGCGUCAAACAUUUUAGUGUUUAUGCCGAUGCCGUUUAGAAGCCAUUUUCGUGGAUUUCAACCGUUGUUCGAAGAGCUGUCACGUAGAGGACACAAUGUAACCGUAGUGACUUCUUACCCUGAAAAUCGUCAGAUUGCCAACUACACGGAAAUAGGACCAUUUAUUUCCAAAGGACAUGAAAGAAAUGUUUUGGAAAUGAUGGGCAAGAACUUUGUGGCAUCGGCUCUGUGGGUAUGGACAGUUGGCGUAACAUUUACGAAAGUCUUGGCUCAUAAAUCAAUGGUAGAUUUCCUCGAAAUGAAUUCCAACUCGUUCGAUUUAGUUAUAAUAGAGUCGUGUUGUCAAGAAUAUACUGUGGCCUUAGGCCAUAAAUUCAACGCACCAGUUAUUAAUCUGGUCCCAGCCAUACUCUGGAGCAGUAUUAGCAAAUGGAUACACGUCCCUUCCACAUUCUCGUACAUACCAAAUAUUCUUUUGGAAACAACAAGUGAUAUGAGUUUCACGCAACGUUUAAAAAACACCAUUACUGGAGUGUUGCAGCUGUAUGUAGAAAAUUAUUUGUAUUUACCUAAAAUUAAGGAAGUAAUGGAUACACACUUCACAUACAAAGGGUGGGAAUCCAGGCCUUCACUUGAAGAUAUGUUGAAUAAUGUGUCCUUAACACUAGUCAACUCUCAUCAUGUGAUCGGUGUUUCCAGACCAUAUCUCCCAGGUGUUAUUGAUAUAGGUGGUAUGCACAUCAAAGAGUCCAAGUCCCUGUCUGGGGAUCUUCAAACUUUUGUAGAUUCAGCAGAGCAUGGAGUAGUUUAUUUCAGUUUUGGUUCUGUGAUUAACUUAAAUCAUUUACCAAAAGAAAAAUUGAAUAUUUUUCUGGGCACUAUUGAAAAAUUAAAACAAAAAGUAAUACUAAAAUGGACACCAAAUGCUAGUGUAAAGUUACCUCAAAAUGUUAUGACUGGUUCGUGGUUUCCUCAAAGUGAUAUUUUAGCACAUCCAAAUGUCAGACUUUUCAUAACUCACGGGGGUUCACAUAGUUUAGAGGAAACCGUUUAUCACGCAAAACCUGUAGUAGCUAUACCAUUUUUUGGUGAUCAGCAUUUAAACAUGAAGUUUAUAGAAAGUAAAGGCUAUGGUAAACUAGUAGAUUUUUUUAAAAUUACGGAAGAAUCAUUUGGGAAUGCCAUCAAUGAAGUAUUAUCGAAUCCAAAGUUUAAAAAGAAUGCGGAAAUCCAGAGUUGUGUCUACAGGGAUGAACCGAUGAAACCUUUAGAACGAGCUGUGUACUGGGUCGAAUACGUCAUUCGGAAUGGAGGAGCCGGACAUCUUAAAGGUGACUCCGUGGGAUUAAAUGAUAUGCAGUAUUUUUUGUUUGACAUAGUAUUUCUUUUACUAAUACCAAUUUUAUGUAUAAUUUGGUUAUCCUAUUUAUGUAUUGCAAAAAUUACAUCUAAACUCUUUUAUGACGAGGACGUGCAGACAACAUUACAGCAGAUCAUCCAGGACGAUGACAAUGAACUAGAACCUAUGACGUCCGGUGAUGGUAACGAGACAGCGUUGCCGCAGAUUAUCAAGGAAGUUCCGGACGGCGAUUCCACUGCGUUACUUGAAGAAACAGUUAAAAUGAAUAAUUAUAACUUUAUCGUGUGGAUUUUUAAAUUCCUUACACUAUUCACUGCUUCACAAAGUGCAAAUAUACUCGUUUUUGCACCAAUGCCGUUUAAAAGUCACUUCAGAGGUUUUCAACCAUUAUUCAAAGAGCUCGCUAGUAGAGGGCAUAAUCUUACCGUAGUCAGCACGUUUCCACUGAAGACACCACAGCCUAACUACACAGACAUUCCAAUUUCAAUAGAUGAAAAUAUUUUAAAAGGUGUUGACCCGAUGGAAUUGGCCAGUCAUGGAUUUUUAACAGUUGUGCCUAGUUUGUGGAAAAUGUCUACUUUUUUAGCUAAAAAAAUCAUUCCCAAACCAGAAAUGCAAAAUUUCAUUCUAUCCCAGGAUUACGAAUUCGAUUUAGUUAUGGUUUUCUCAUUUUGCCAAGAAUACUCAAUCACAUUAGGUCAUAAGUACAAAGUACCAGUUAUUAAUUUAGGAGUUUCGACGUUGUGGCCUUCCAAUAGUAAAUGGAUUGGUGAACCGUCCACAUUUUCAUACAUACUUGAUCAGCGAACUGGAGCAACAGAUCAAAUGUCUUUUAUUGAACGGUUCAAAAACACUGUCAUUGGAAUUUAUCAAUUAUUUUUGGAAGAUUAUUAUUAUUUACCUUUACAAAAAGAUACUAUGGAGAAAUAUUUUAAAUAUAAAGGUCAUGAAUCUAGGCCUCCCAUUGAAGAUAUGUUAAGAAACGUGUCAGUGACAUUACUCAAUGCGCAUUACAGUAUCGGUGUAACAAGACCCUAUCUGCCGGGUACAAUCGAAAUUGCAGGACUUCACGUAAACGAACCUAAGCCAUUAAUUGGAAAAUUUUUGGAGUUCGUUGAUUCUGCAGAGCAUGGAGUAAUAUACUUUAGUUUUGGUACUAUUGUGGAUCCGUCUAAGUUACCAAAUUCGACCAUAGAAGUUUUUAUAAACGUUUUAAAGAAACUGAAACAAAAAGUAAUGUGGAAAUGGGAUUCAAAGAAUCUGCCUACACAAUUGCCCGAUCACGUAAUGGUUAGCGAUUGGUUUCCACAACCCGAUAUUUUAGGUCAUCCAAACGUUCGACUGUUCAUCACACACGGAGGUGUACACAGUCUAGAGGAGGCUACCUACAACGCUUUGCCAAUCGUUGGUAUUCCUUUCUUUGGUGACCAACACAUGAACAUGAGGUUAGCUGAACGCAAUGGCAUCGGGAAAAUGGUAGAUCAUAUUGAUUUGAAUGAAAAAUCAAUGCUCUCUGCCAUUGAUGAAGUUCUCACAAACCCAAAGUAUAAAGAAAACUCGAGGAUACGAAGUAAAAUAUUUAAAGACUCCCAUCUUAGACCAAUGGAUCGAGCGGUUUAUUGGAUUGAAUAUGUUCUCCGUCACGGUGGAGCUAAUCAUCUUACGAGUAGUAGUGUUGUACUGAAUUAUAAUCAAUAUUUCCUAGCAGACAUUUGUCUCGUAAUUAUUAGCACAACUGCUAUUAGUAUGUUUUUAAUAGCAAUGCUGUUUAAAUAUACUAUGAAAACUAAAGAUUUCAAUUCUUUAAAGAAAAAAUAAAUACAAUUUGAAUAUUGGUAGGUAUAAAAUAUACCAUUAUUGAUUACAAUUUACAAUAUUACAUUAACGUGUAAACCCACAGUUUUAUUGUUCUGGUACUUAACAAUUUUGAAUUUAAUACUUACACGUUUAGUAAAUAUAUAAGUAA